CCUCCUCCUCCCUCCCCCAGCUCCUCCCCCUUCCCUCAGCUCCUCUCGUUUCGGCCAUGACGGUGGAACAGAACGUUCUGCAGCAACACUCGCAGAAGCAUCAACAGACACUACUGAACCAACUGAGAGAAGUCACAGGCACCAAUGACAUCCAGUUAUUACAGCAAGCUCUACAGGCAAGCAACGGGGAUCUUGCUGAAGCUGUGGCGUUUCUGACUGAGAAGAAUGCCAAAGCACCACAGCAGGAGGAGGCAUACUACCACACAGGACAAACUGGCAACGAUCGGUACAUCAGCGUGGGAAGCCAGGCCGACACAAAUGUCAUCGAUCUCACCGGAGAUGAUAAAGAUGACCUUCAGCGAGCGAUCGCUCUGAGCUUGGAGGAAUCCAAUCGUGCCUUCAGGGAGACUGGGAUAACAGAUGAAGAGCAAGCCAUCAGCCGAGUGCUUGAGGCCAGCAUUGCGGAGAACAAGGCCAGCUUGAAGCGGACGCAAGGAGAGGUGUGGAGUGACUCGUUGAACCCAUACGAUCGGAAGAGACAGGAAAACUGCCCGGUGGGACUGAAGAAUGUGGGAAACACGUGCUGGUUCAGCGCGGUCAUUCAGUCCUUGUUUAACCUGCUCAAGUUUCGGAGACUGGUCCUCAACUAUGUCCCACCAACGGAUUCACAGGACGUGCCUCAAAAUCAAAAGGAGCGUCGGAAUCUCCCGUUUAUGCGUGAACUCCGGCACCUCUUUGCCCUCAUGAUUAGCUCCAAGAGGAAAUAUGUGGAUCCUUCGAGAGCUGUGGAAAUACUGAAGGAUACCUUCAAAUCCAAUGACUUGCAACAGCAAGACGUGAGUGAGUUUACACACAAGCUUUUGGACUGGCUGGAGGAUGCCUUUCAGGUGAAGGCAGAAGAUGAGAGCGAUGGUGAAAAGCCACAGAACCCAAUGGUGGAGCUGUUCUAUGGACGUUUCCUGGCUGUCGGCAUGCAUGAAGGGAAGAAGUUUGAGAAUUCCGAGAUGUUUGGGCAGUACCCGCUGCAAGUCAAUGGAUUCAAGGAUCUGCACGAAUGCCUGGAAGCUGCAAUGGUCGAAGGGGAGAUCGAGUCCGUGCAAGUGGAAAAUACCGGGACCUCUGCAAAGUCUGGCCAAGAACACUGGUUUACUGCGCUGCCUCCUGUGCUGACUUUCGAACUUUCCAGAUUUGAGUUUAAUCAAGCCUUGGGCAGGCCGGAGAAGAUUCAUCACAAACUGGAAUUUCCAUCCAUCUUGUACAUGGACAGAUACAUGGAUAAAAACCGGGAAAUAACCAGGAUCAAAAGGGAGGAGAUACGGCGACUGAAGGAACAUCUCACCGUGUUACAGCAACGAUUGGAAAGGUAUUUAAGCUACGGUUCUGGCCCCAAGCGCUUUCCGCUGGCCGACGUCCUCCAGUAUGCCUUGGAGUUUGCUUCCAGUAAACCCGUGUGCAUGUCGCCAGUGGAUGAUGUGGACACCGCCCAGCCAAGCAGCACAACAGCACCUCCCACAACGGCAAGAUUGGAAAGCCCAACGGAACAGGGCCCCGUGGUCCCCACCGACGCCCCUUGCACACCUCCUCUCCAGAGGCCGAUCGUGCAUAAACCCUUCACGCAGUCCCGGGUUCCACCGGAAAUCCCCAUGCACCCGGCUCCGCGGCACAUCACUGAGGACGAGCUGCGGGUGCUGGAGGGUUGUCUACAUCGAUGGAGGAUGGAGGUGGAGAAUGACACCAGAGACCUACAGGAGAGCAUUGCUCGUCUCCACCGCACCAUCGAGCUGAUGUACACUGACAAGACCAUGAUGCAAGUUCCUUACCGAUUACAUGCAGUCUUGGUCCACGAAGGCCAGGCUAAUGCUGGGCAUUACUGGGCCUACAUCCACGACCACCACCACGAGAAGUGGAUGAAAUACAACGACAUCGCUGUCACCAAAUCCUCCUGGGAGGAGCUUGAACGAGACUCCUUUGGCGGCUACAGGAAUGCCAGCGCAUACUGCUUAAUGUACAUCAAUGACACAGACCGAUACUUAAUAGAAGAGGAGUUUGACAAGGAAACGGGUCAGGUGCUGACUGGCAUGAACACCCUGCCGUCUGAUUUGAAAGAGUACGUGAGGGAUGACAACCGGAGGUUCGAGAAGGAGCUGCAGGAAUGGGACGCGCAGCAGGAGAAGAAAGCCCAACAGGAGAAGCUGGAGAUACGCACUGCUCCGAGGGAUCCGGCUGCAGCACCUACCUCAGCGCACGCAAAGGAGCUGAAAUACCUGGAGCAGCCCACGGCACACCAUCCCUCCAAACUGUGUGAGGAGGACACGGCAAGAAGCGUCUCCAAAGCCGCCACCGAGUGCGAGGAGCAGGGUCCAGAGGCCGCACUGCAAGCGGGCCGUGACGCAGAUCCCCUCAAGCCCAUCCCCAGCCAGCGUGUGGUUGAGGUGGAGAUCCCCCACAUAGGAAGGCUGGUGAUUGAGUCAGAGGAAGGCGGGUACGACGACGAGGUCAUGUUGACCCCAGCCAUGCAGGCCAUUAUCAUGGCCAUAGGGAAAGCCAGGAAUGUGUAUGAGAGACAUGGGCCAGAGGCGGGCUUCUUUAAGGCAUUUACAGCGGAGUAUUCGCGCCUGGUCAGACUGGCGCAGGAGGACACCACCCUGGACAACGACAACCGGCUAAAGCACGUGGUGGUUUACCUGCUCCACAAUGAAGCGCCAAAGAAGAUCAUAGAGAGGACGCUGCUCGAGCAGUUCGCUGAUCGGAACCUCACGUUUGAUGAAAGGUGCCGCAGUGUGAUGAAAAUUGCCCGGGCCAAACUCGAGUUAAUCAAACCUAAGGAAGUCAACAUGGAGGAGUACGAGAGGUGGCACCGUGAGUACCGAAGAUUUCGAGAAACCACUGUCUGUAUAAUGAUCGGCCUGGAGAUGUUCCAGAAGAAAUGGUAAGACAACGAUUAUAUCAGGCA